CUCCGCUAGGGGGCGAUGAAUGAUUCACGACUCAAUGAGAAAGCAAAUGAUGUGAAAUGCUGUUCCUGGCUAAUCUCGACCAUCGCCAUUGUCACAAUGUCUGUGAUGUCGAAAAAAGAGUCAGAUGGUUGUAAAAAACUUUUGGAACUGCUGCCAAAGGACGACUUGUUUGCAUUGAACGAUACAGUGACCAACCGGUUAAUUCGCGUAACGAGUUCCAGAGAGGCAAUUGAAGCUAUCAUAGCCUACUCUACGAAUGCGGAAGAGCUUCUCAAAAGGAAAAAGGUUCAUCGGGAUGUCAUAUUUCAAUACCUCGCUAAAGAAAGUGUUGUUGUACCUCGAAACAGUGAGAAAUAUCAGUUGGUAAAGAAGACUCUUGAUUUGUGGUCAUCUGGCAGCCAGGUUUCCAAAUCAGAUUUUCAGAAUCAAGACGGUUUGGGAGAACUGACAGCUUUGGGGAAGCAGUUUUGCCAGUGGUUCUUCCAGCUUUUAAACUCUCAGAACCCCUUGGCCGCUCAGCCGGUGCAGGACUGGGGUCCACAGCACUUCUGGAGUGAUGCCAAGCUGCUGCUUCUCUCUCAUGCACAGGUUGAGCAGAAAGAGGAGUUUGUUGGAGCUGAACUGGUGAGCCAGCGGCUUUUGGCUCUUGUCUGGGAGGAGAGGUUACUCUUCUGUCCUAACCUGGCACAAACAGGUCUGAAGUGUGUAGCUUCGCUUCAUGGGUUGGUGCUGGUGGCCGUCGCUGGCACCAUCCAUCGGGAGAGCGAUUGCCUUGGAGUGUUUGAGCAAGUGUUCGGGCUGAUUCGCUCUCCUCUGGACGACAACCGCUGGAAGAUAAAAUUUGUGCAUUUGAAUGCAAAGAGACAGAUUGGUAAGGAGACAUUGCCUGCAGUGACCUAUGAUUCACAAGAACUGCUUCAGUUGUUCACUCAGUAGAACUGUUUAUGUGGACAUUUGUACAUGACACAAAAAACACUUCAAAUAAUGCAUGAUAGUUGCAUAUUAUUUUAACAUGGGUAGCUUCUUGUUUAUAUACAGUGUGACCUUUUUAUGAAUUCUGUUUUUUCUUUAAACAUUCAUUAAGACAGGCAUAAUGUUGAAGGGUCUGUGCAAAUUGAUUACCAGUUUCUGUUUAAUUUGUGUUGUGAAGCUUAUCUGGCCAUUUAUUUCUUCAGUUGUAUAGUUUUAUUAUACAGUAGAUUCAUUAAAAUGACAGACUUAGCUACUAUAAAUGGUAAAUGGUGCACUCAUAUAGCACUUUUAACCAAAGUGCUUUACACUGUGUCUCAUUCACACACACACACACACACCAGUGGUGGAAGAGCUGCCAUGCAAGGUGCUAACUUGCCAUCAGGAGCAACUUGGGUCAGUGUCUUGCCCAAGGACACUUCGGCAUGUGGAGUCAUGUGUGCCGGGAAUCGAACCACCACCCCUACAAUUAGUGGACAACCCGCUCUACCACCUGAGCCACAGCCGCCAGUCUAUCAUUUUAAAAUGUCAUUGAUGAUGGUGAACAGAUUUGCUUUAACCCUCUUACCCCUUAGUUCCCGCAGUAUUAUGUCCCACAACCCUAUAUCCCCCAUAGAAACAGCAUGCCAACCCUGAGUUCCCAGGCCAAAAUUGGCCCCAAAAUCAACAUUUUAAUUUUAACAUUGUUAGGCCUUGAAACAACUUAUAAUAAUGUAUUUGUGUAAUAUUACUUUGAAAAUGAAGCAGUUCAGUGUUUUUACUCCACUUAGAGCACAAUUCUUAACUAGAGAAAUGACGAAAAAUGCUCGCUAAAAUCCUUCUACUCAUUUAGAAGUACCAUACGAGCAUCAGUGUGGUCAAUGCCUUUGAAUAAAUUCAAGUAAAUAAUAAAUAAAUAAAUAAAUAAAUGCAUUUUAGCGCCAAAAGUCAAGUUUCUGGUGAUAAUCAGACCAGCAGGUAGUGUUUUCAUGAAUGCACAGAAAUGGUCCCGUUAUGACUCCAGACCCCUGCAGUGUCAGUCGCACUGGUUGAUGCUGAAGGUGAAGACAGAUCAGGGUCUGAAUCAGGAGAGUUUGCGUCUCUAUCGGUUUCGGUUUCAACAUCGCCUGAACUUUCACUGCUGUCACUAUCUAGAAUCCUCGCUCUCGCCUGUGUAACUGUGUAUGUUUUCUUUUUUUUUUUUUCACUGUUUUAGAUGUACCUGUGUUCACUGUAGGUAUAACUUUAGCUGGAACACGAUUAGCUUUUCGCUUUGGCAUUUUUAGUUCACUUCUACUAUUACACCAAUAUUCACGCUUGGAUCAGCUUCAUCGUAAUGCCGGCGUAAUAACGUAAUCACGUCGUGACGUCAUCAACCUUCCGGGUCAAAAAAUAAUAAUCAAAUAAGUAAGGAAUCAUAGCAGAGUAAUGCUGGUACACCGGCCUUACGGGGAUAACGUUUACACUGUAAAGCCCUAUAUUGGCCUUACGGGUAUUUGGCAUAGACGACCAAGCCGGUAUAUUGUCCUUAUGGGAAUAGAUCAAAGACGGGCAAGCCGGUUUUUCGGCCAUACGGGAAUAGAUCAAAGACGGGCAAGCCGGUUUUUCGGCCAUACGGGGUAAGAGGGUUAAGUUACUUGUCAGUGCUUGAUAUUUAAAUGAGAAUUACUGAAUCCGUAUAAUUUUUUUCCACUCCAGUCUAUUUAAAGACUAAAUCACUUCAUUCAAAUUUGUCAGGCCUUUGUCUUUCAUUUUGAGGCAUUUAAAUAAAAAGACAAAAUUAGUUAAAUAUUGUCUACACGUAUUAUUUUAUUUUUGUUAAAUUAGUAAAUAA